AUGAGACGCGUCCUUUUAACUGGUGGUUCCGGCUUCAUCGCUGCACAUGUAAUGGACUAUCUCAUCCAAAGAGGCUACAGUGUGGUGACGACUGUGCGUUCCACGUCAAAGGCUGAGAAGAUCAGAGCAGCAUACCCGAAGAUCGGUAAGGACCGACUGGACUUUGCGAUUGUGGAAGACAUCGCGCAAGACAAUGCUUUCGACGACGCCGUCGUGUCCAACCCACCCUUCGAAGCGGUUAUUCACACUGCCAGUCCAUUUCACUUCAACGUGACCGACGUUCAAAGAGAUCUCCUGGAUCCUGCAGUCAAAGGCACAACGGGCAUUCUCAAAUCCGUCGUCAAAAACGCACCCACUGUCAAGCAAGUCGUCAUCACUUCGUCCUUUGCCUCGGUCGUGAACCCUUACAAAGGCACGUGGCCAGAGCACACAUACACCGAGGAAGAUUGGAAUCCCAUCACUCUCGAGCAGGCCUCGGAAAAUGUCGCCAACGGAUACCGGGCCAGUAAGACGUUGGCAGAGAAAGCUGCAUGGGAGUUCCUGCAGCAGGAAAAACCAUCCUUCUCGUUAACGACUCUCUGCCCACCGCAAGUAUUGGGACCCGUGAUCAGCCACCUCAGCAGCCUGGACAAUCUCAACACCAGCAACCAAGUCAUCCGCGAUUUGAUCCAGGGGAAAUUCAAAGACAAGAUCCCGCCAAACGCCACGUUUACGUGGGUCGACGUGCGUGACCUUGCCCUGUGCCACGUCCUGGCACUGGAGAAGCGCCUGGCCGCAAAUGAGCGCUUUCUGGUUACUGCGGGCUACUUCUGCAACUCGGAGCUGGUGGACAUUGUUCGAGAGCAUCACGUUCGAUUGCGGGAUCAAAUGCCUGCCGAGGGUAGUGAUGGCGGUGGGUAUCCAGAAGGCGGGCUCUACAGAGUCGAUAAUUCCAAAGUCGUCAAGAUCAUGGGGAUAUCGUGGAGGAGACUGUCAGACACGGUGAUGGACACGGUCAAGUCACUGCAAAAUUUCCAAUCAUAA